AUGGGUUGUUGUGGCUGUAGAGGAAGCUGUACCACCUGCAAUAGCUGUGGUGGCUGUGGCUGUGGUGGCUGCGGCGGCUGCGGUGGCUGCGGCUGUGGAGGCUGUGGCUGUGGAGGCUGUGGCGGCUGUGGCAAUUGCUGUACCACCUGUACCUGCCGCCGUGUAGGCUGCUGCUCUGGCUGCUGCCCCUGCUGCUGUGGCUGCUGUGGGGGCUGCUGCAGCCCUACAGUGGUCUGCUGCCGCCGCACCUGCUGCUGUGGUGGCUGUGGCUGUGGCUGUGGCUGUGGCAAGGGCUGUGGCUGUUGCAAGGGCUGCUGCCAACAGAAAUGCUGCUGCCAGCAGUGCUGCUGUAAGAAACAAUGCUGCUGCUAG